UAGAAUUGUUCACAAGAUGUUGCCGCCAUCACAAGAAACCACGACCGCCGCAGCAUCCGUGGCCAUUGCAGUCACAGAGAAGUCCGCUCUCGUGGUCCAUGUAGAUGGCGCCAAUGUAGAGUCGAUUUCCAUGUGGGAAGAAGUGACGUCCUUGGCAACCUUGGCUGCUCCGAUCGUGUUCACACUGUUCAUGGAAUUCAUUCCCAGCAUCACGAACAUUAUCUUGGUUGGCCAAAUGAGUACGCCAAACUUGAAGCAAUUCGUGGACGCCACUGCGAUGGCUGUCAUGGUAUACGAGACCGCAUGUGGACUGCGCUGACGAAUGUGCGUAGUACACCAAUAUUACAUCGUAUUCGGUGGGGCUAGGCAUGGCGACGGCGCUGGACACGCUUUGCACACAGGCGUAUGGCGCGGGGAAUAUCAAAAAGUUUGGUGUGUUGCUGCAAAGUGCUCUUCUCGGGAUGGCUUUGACUUUGAUUCCUGUGUCGUUGCUCAACUGGUUUAGCGCCGAUAUCCUGAAGAUUUUGGGACAAGAGCCAGCCCUGGCAGACUUGACGGGAGGAUUUGUUCGUGUCAUGCUCGUGGGGUAUCCUGCCCUGUAUGCCUUUGAAGUUUUAAAGAAGCUUGUUCAAGCCGAGAGCGUGACGUUCCCGAUGGCCGUCCUCACUGGUCUCGGCAACGUCCUGCACAUUUCGCUGGGGUACUACCUGUCGCAGCACACGUCGCUGGGGUAUCUCGGUCCUGCGGUGGCUCUGAGUUUGCUGGAAGUGGCCGUGUUCGGUGGUAUGCUGGGGUACCUCUUGUGGUGGAAUCCCAUGCACGUGGCUUGGUGCGUCGAGUGGGGUUGGCCGGCAGCAUGGUCUCAUGUCUCGCAGGUCUUUCGAUUCGGCGUGCCAGGCAUGCUCAUGAUGCUCAUCGAGUGGGGUGCCAUUGAAAUCCUGACGCUUGUCGCGGGAAUACUGCCCAACCAUAUCCUCACCAUCGGCGUCAACUCCAUCUUGUCCAGCACUCUCAACCUGUGGUACAUGCCGUACUUUGGCCUGUCGGUGGCUGCCACCAUUCGUAUGGGGAAUCUCCUGGGUGCCAACAAGCCUGAGAAAGCCAAACGCGUUAUGUCCCUCACGCUUCGACUCAGCUUCGCCUUCGCGCUUGUCACCGCAUCCCUCCUCCUCCUCCUCUCGCCAAUUCUCCCGCGACUUGUCGUCAACGACGUCGAUAUUGUUGCGAGAGGUUCGACGGCCUUGUGGUUCAUUGCUCCAUUACACAUCAUCGACGCCCUGAAUGCCGCGUGUCAAGGUUGUUUCCGGGCCAUGGGCAAGCAAGACGUGGCGAGUGGAGUGAACGCGGCGGCGUUCUACCUUGUCGGCGUCCCUGUCGCCGUCCUCUUUGGGUUGUACUUUAAAUGGAGUGUGGAAGGUCUGUGGAGUGGGUUCACGUUGGGGUCGCUCUCGGCCAAUUUCAUUUACCAGUUCCUCCUCUCUCGUGUGGAUUGGGCUGUAGUUGCCCAAGAUGCAGUCGACCGGGAGUAGUUAUCGUCACCUCGACCUCGGAAAUUUACCACUAUCAUCUCGAUCUUGUACUUCGUUUGGCGAUUCCUGGCGCGAGGCACGGCUGUAAUGGGCAUGUACA